AUGCCGAGCCAAACCGCCCCGCGCCACGCCCGGCGCCGAGCCCGGCUCAUCUCGGCAGCGCAGCCGCUCCGCUCCCGCUCUCAGCCCGGGACACCGGCAGGAAGCGGAGCCGCCGCGGCCCCGGGGGAGGCGGAACCGGGGCGGAACCCAGGCGGACCCGAGGAGAAACCGGUGCGGAACCGAGGCGGAACCGGUGCGGCCCUGAGGCGGACCCGAGGCGGAACCGAGGCGCGGACCCGAGGCGCGGACCGGAGGCGGAACCGGGGCGGAACCGAGGCGGAACCAGGGCGGAACCGGGACGGAACCGAGGCGGAACCGGGACGGACCCGGUCCGGUGCCGGCGGCGCGGCCAUGGCCGAGCUCCGCGCCGAAGCCUCGUGCCCGCUGUGCCUCGGGCUCUUCCAGGAGCCCGUGUCCAUCCAUUGCGGGCACAACUUCUGCCGGGCGUGCAUCGAGCGCUGCUGGCGGAGCUGCCGGGACAGCUUCGCGUGCCCGCGCUGCCGGGAGGCGGCCCCGGAGCGCAGCCUGAGACCCAACGCGGAGCUGGCCGGCAUCAUCCGCAUCGCGCAGCGCCUCAGCCUCCGCGGCCGGGCCCGCGACGGGGAGCGGCUCUGCCCGAAGCACGGCGAGGCGCUGAAGCUGUUCUGCGAGGAGGAGCAGAGCCCGGUGUGCCGCGAGUGCCGCCGCUCCCCGGAGCACCGGCUGCACGCCGCCGUGCCCAUCGAGGAGGCGGCGGAGGAGCACAAGGAGAGAUUCCAGGCUCACGCGCAGAUCCUCAGGGACCGCAGAGAGAAGAUGCUGGGGCAGAAGGCGGCGGAGGAAAGGAAGAGCUCGGAGCUGCAGGAGCGGGUGGCGGCGGAGCGGCGGCGGCUCCGGUGCCGGGUGCGGGAGCUGCAGCAGCUCCUGGAGGGGCAGGAGCGGCUCCUCCUGGCCCGGCUGGCGCAGCUGGAGCGGGACAUCGAGCGCAGGCGGGAGGAGAGCGUCGGCCGCCUCUCGGAGCGCAUCUCCUCCGUGGGACGGCAGAUCCAGGAGCUGGAGGAAAAGUGCCGGCAGCCGCCCUGGGAGCUGCUGCAGGACAGCAGAGACAUCCUGAGCAGGCUGGAGGAGCAGAGCGCCCCAGAGCCGGUGGAGACCUCAGCAGAGCUGGCAGAGGAACCCACAGGGCCGCCCCAGGAAAAUGUCACCCUCAAGGAGAUGCUGAAGAAAUUCCAAGUCAGCCUGACGCUGGACCCCGACACCGCCCACCCCCGCCUGGCCCUGUCCGAGGAUGGGAGAUGCGUCUGCUGGGACGACGCCCGCAGAUCCGUCCCCGAGCACCCCAAACGCUUCGACUCCUCCCGCUGCGUGCUGGCCCGCGAGGGGUUCACCUGCGGCCGCCACUACUGGGAGGUCCAGGUGUGCCAGGGCUCGGCCUGGGCCCUCGGCGUGGCCAAGGCCUCCGUGGCCAGGAAGGGCCGGGUCAGCGUCAAGCCCGAGCGGGGGAUCUGGGCCGUGGGGCAGUGCGGCAGCCAGUGCCAGGCUCUGACGUCCCCCAGUGUCCCCAUCGCCCUCCCUGAGGCCCCCGAGGUGGUCGGGGUCUACCUGGACUAUGAGGGCGGGCGCGUGGCGUUUUUCGAUGUGCAGAGGGAGGUGCCGAUGUUCGCGUACCCCGCGGCGAGGUUUGGGGGCGAGGAGCUGCUGCCCCUGCUGUGCCUGGGCAGGGGGUGCUGCUUCAGGCUCAGCCCCUGAGCCCCCCGAGGUGGGGUACGCAGCUGAGAGGGGGUUUGGGUGGGAAAUUGCAUUUUUUACAUUGCUUCUCCAUCAUUUCUUCAUAAUUUCCAUCGUUUCUCCGUCAUUUCUCCAUCAUUUUUCCAUCAUUUCCAUUAUUUCUCCAUUAUUUUCUCCAUCAUUUCUUCAUAAUUUCCUCCAUCAUUUUCUAAAUAAUUUCUCCAUAAUUCCUCGAUCAUUUUCUCGAUAAUUUCUCCAUAGUUUCUCCAUCAUUUCUCUGUCAUUUUCUCCCUCAUUUCUGUACAAUUUUCUCCCUCAUUUCUCCGUCAUUUCUCGAUAAUUUUUUCCAUCAUUUCCAUCAUCUCCAUUUUCCUGCAAGAAGAAUUCAGAGAAAUGUUGGUCCGAGGGUUCUGAGAGGCUUUUACCAUUUGGGAGUGAGAAAUAAAAAGGGAUAAAAUGCACAGAGACCUCUUUUUUUAGUGAAUUCAACCCCAAAAUCUUGUGUUUAGGUCGUCUUAUGAGCGAUAAGGCCCUUAUCACAGCUCCCUGGUGGUCUAGUGGUUAGGAUUCGGCGCUCUCACCGCCGCGGCCCGGGUUCGAUUCCCGGUCAGGGAAUGUGUUUUUACUUGCCCUAAAAAGUAAUUUUUUGGAAAAAUCUACUAAUAUUUAAACAUCUCCUAACUCCCAAAACACUCCUUUUCUCCUCUUUUUUGUGCCUCAUCCCCUUCUUCCUGUCCCAGCGCCUUCUGUUACCGAGCAAUGAAUAAAUAAAUACAUAAAUAAAUAAACAAUAA